UAGAACGGUACUUGCCUGGCUACUUGCCUAUCCCUUCUAACCGCCGCGAGGCUUUUCCUUCUCGCCACACCCCAUUGCGGACGUCUCCAAAGUAAUAAUCUCAGAAAGGGCGUGGCUGGAAAACCCUAGCCCGUUUACAAUGGAGUCUUCAUUUGAAGUCGGCGGUAGUAGUCUGUCUCUUGCCCUCUUCUCCGGCGUUUCCAAUUCCAAAGAGCUACUGGAAUCUAUGCAAGCUGGAACAUUAGAGCCAGAAGUAGCACUGCUAAAUGCGUCACUUAUUCCAGACAUUUUCCCCCUUUUAGCAGCUGCACAUAAAGCACUUCUGGCUAAAUCACGGGACUCUCUUACCACACGAACUCUGCAUUCUGAACUUGUUUAUAACUACUCUGGAUCCAAACAUAUAUCAGAAUCCUUGAGAAGAUGCGGCAUCUCAGACAACUCAACUUACAUCCUUGCAGCUCGCUUUGGUGCCUCAGCUGAUGAGGUUGCAGCCAUAGAGAAACUGAUCAAAGGUACAAAGAUUGACCUGAAGGAAUUAGAGCAAAGGGCAAACCAAGCUCAGAUUCAAAAGCAUUUCAAGAUAUCAAAUGUGGAGCUGGAAAUAUCGUCGUUGAGAGAUGCAAUCACCUGCAGAAUCGCUGCUCGAGAUGCAUUGUGAUUUUUUAGUGUGACAUGAUAUGAAUCCUAUGUAUUAUGCUUUACCACUUUGUGUUCUCUUUUGACUCUAUUUUCGUGGGUAAAUUUCACGUAUGGUACACCAACUUUAACGUUUAUUUCACUUCGGUAUACAAACUUUGUUUUCUAUCAGAAAAGUACACCAACUUACGAGUUUCUUUCACCGACGGUAUUUUAGCCGGUUUUCAGGCCUUCUCUUCCAGUUCUGCUCAUGGAUUAGCGCCGGCGGACGGACUUAUGGAUUGUGGGUCUUGCCGAUCCCACCCCGGGUCUCCGGGAACAAAUGGCUGGCUUCUUU